GUCGUUCUCACGUUCUAUAAAAUCGCGUGACCACAUUUCCACCAUCCCCCUUACCCUUUGGCAACACAGACCACUCCCCCACCCUCUCUCUCUCUCUCUCUCUCUCCUCGCUUUCGUUUCCUCCCAAACCACUGAAACCAGAAACGAACGAUUAGUCAACAAGAAGACACAAUCAAGAAAACGCUUCCGAAUCAAGCGUAGCCCGCACCGCCAUGAGUGAUCACGCCAGGCUGGAAAACCUGCGCAGCACGUCUCAGCUCUUCCGCGAGACGUCGUCGUCCUUCGCCUCCAACCUCCCCACAUUCCUCUUCCUCUCCCUCCUCCUCCUCUCCUUCCGGACCACCGUAGAGGAUGGCACGCGCCACGUCACCUCCUUCAUCGACCGCGACCCGUCUCUGAGGGCCCUCCUCUCCCGCCUCGACCUCGCCGGCACCAACGCCAAUCGCCACCGCGACGACUCCCCCGCUGCCUCCCUCCGCCACCGACAUGGCCACCGCCGCCGUCCCUUCCUCCACCUUACCCGCGUGGGCACCUUGGACGAAGACUUCUUCUCCGGCGACGACCACGACGACGGUUCCCCCUUCGGCUCCACCCGCAAGGCCCCCCUCAAUGGCACCCUCGUGGUUCUUGGCGGUUUCAGCCCCAAAGUAGGGCUUUCGGAUCGCGUGGUCGACAACGGGAUCAACAUCCCCGAGAUCGUGCGCACGGGGGUUACAUUCAGAGCCGAGAGCUUGAACCCGUAUCUCUCCGACGACGACGACGAGAACGAUGAGCGAGAAGAGAACGAGACGAUUGGAUUGGAGGAGAAGGUUCAAGACUUGGACAGAGUGGUGGACUUCCAAUUCCUUUUCAGGGGACUAGAGCUCGGUCGCCGCGACGCUGCAACGCUGCUCUUUCUUGUGAGUUUUCUAUCCGCCGCCUAUGGCUGGGUGAUUCUCGGGUUUCUCGUUACGUAUUCAUUGGUGUUAGGCAUUGUUUUCAUUACUGUUGUGAAUGAUCUGUUAGGGAGGUUCAGUUCAUUUCUUGGUACAAUGUGGGAGGGUUCAAGAUUGGGCCUCAAGAGGCUUUCGGGGUUUAUUUUGAUGAGAUGGGCGGUGAGAGAUGCACUAACUCAGCUUCUAGGGUUGUGGUAUUUUGGCGAAAUCGAAGAUCAGUACUCGUUUUUUAAGCUGUUUGUGAGGUUGAAACUGAUGCCAUUUUCGAUUAUGUCUCCGUGGAUUAGGGGUUAUGAGAAGGAGAUUUCAGGGUUUCUGUUUACGUGGUUUUUGGCUGAUACAUUUGUGGCUUUUAUAUUUGCUGUGGAUGCUUGGGUUGCAAUAGUGGAUUCAAGGAGGACCGGGAGGGAGAUUAUGAAGGAAGGUUGUUAUUUGAUAUCGACGAUGUUGAACCAGGCUAUCCAGAUCAAGUGUUUGGAAGCUAUUUUUUGUGGGUCGUUUGUCAGGUGGGUUCUUGCUCGGGUCUGUGGAAGAUUUUUCGCCACGGUGUUUCUGUCAGUUGUGGAGGUUUAUUUCAUGGUGGCUUGGUUGAUAUUUUACUUUGCUGCAAGGUCUAGGGAUGCUAGUUUGCAGGGGAGAAGGUUUGGGAGGAGAGAAUUAGAGGGCUUGAUUGAGGGCCUAAGAUGAUACUCAAUGGUAAUCGGGUAAGACUUCCACCCAUAGAAGGCCUCAAUUUGUAACGCAAAAUUAGCGGUAAUCUGUUGGUGCUUUGUGUGUUCCUAUUUUGCAAUACCUGUGAUCAGCACUGCCAUUGUUUGGUGUAGUCACAAUCAAUGUGCUGUAUUACUUUUAUCACGAGGCAAUAUACUACUUGUGUAUAUUAUUGCACGAGAAUGCUUCAUGUGUAUAUCUUGUAGCGAGCAUUUUUUUUAAGGCCUUGCAAUGUUUCAUGUAGGUGAUGAUAAUGUAAGAACUUGCAAAUGGUCAUGAUUUUUCUCAUUUUCUCAGUGCGGGAUUUUUUUUUUCUAA